CAGAUUCACCCCACCCCCACUCUACCCCACCCCACACUCUUUAGAGUCAGACAAACAACACAGAGCAUUACCACUCUUCUUUGUUUUCUUUCUUUCUUUUCAAAAUAUACACUCCUUCACUCCACUGUUUUCUUCUUUCUUUCUUUCUUUCUUGUAUUGUGUACUUUGUUGCCUUUUCACUUUAUUUUUUCCCUCUCUACACUAUUCUACUUCACUUUGUUUCAAAAAAGAGGUAAAACCCUUUUUCUUUUUCCACCCCUUAACGCUCCCCUCUUCACCUUAUCAGUAAAAAAUCUAGUCUUUCCUCCUCAGCUUCAGUGAACCCUCAAGGUUUGAAGCAUUCAGAUCUGGCCCUGUGAGUGGUUUUGGCAUUAUACUGAUUGUCCUUCUAAAGGUUCUUUUACCCACAUUCUCAAGAUUUUGCCAUCUCAUUUGUUGUAUACAUUUGUUUAACACUCUGUUUGGGUUCAAUACUUUGGAGUAUUAACAUAAUUCUGUAUUGUCUCUGCUGAGGUCUUCCUUCUGUUGAUCAUUGACUCACAUUCUGGUGAAGAAUUAUAGGGUUUUGUGUUUAAGUUGUUCUUUUGACAAAGGUUGUGUGUUAAGUGUUGUUGCAAGAACAGGCACCGUCGAAAAUGCAGCGGCCCCCACAAGAAGAUUUCUCACUCAAGGAGACUAAACCCCACCUUGGUGGAGGGAAAGUCUCUGGUGAUAAGCUAACUAGCACAUAUGACCUUGUUGAGCAAAUGCAGUAUCUUUAUGUUCGGGUGGUAAAAGCUAGAGAUUUACCCGGGAAGGAUGUUACGGGUAGUCUUGAUCCUUAUGUUGAAGUUAGGCUUGGGAACUAUAGGGGUACGACUCGUCAUUUUGAAAAGAAGUCGAAUCCUGAGUGGAAUCAAGUGUUUGCUUUCUCAAAGGAUAGGAUUCAAGCUUCUGUACUUGAAGUGACUGUGAAAGAUAAGGAUGUUGUUAAGGAUGACUUUGUAGGUCGUGUUCUGUUUGAUUUGAAUGAGAUCCCGAAAAGGGUCCCACCAGAUAGUCCGCUCGCUCCACAGUGGUAUAGAUUGGAGGAGAGGAAUGGUAAUAAAGUAAAAGGAGAGUUAAUGUUGGCUGUUUGGAUGGGAAAUCAAGCUGAUGAAGCCUUUCCUGAAGCUUGGCAUUCAGAUGCUGCGGCUGUUAGUGGGGCUGAUGGUCUUGCAAAUAUAAGGUCCAAAGUGUACCUCUCGCCAAAACUGUGGUACCUAAGAGUUAACGUGAUUGAGGCUCAAGACUUGAUUCCAAGUGACAGAAGCAGGUUUCCGGAAGUUUUUGUCAAGGCCAUCCUUGGAAAUCAACCUUUGAGGACUAGAGUUUCCAUGAGCAAGACCAUUAAUCCCAUGUGGAAUGAGGACCUGAUGUUUGUAGCAGCGGAACCGUUUGAGGAGCCAUUGAUUUUGAGUGUUGAAGAUAGAAUUGCACCGAGCAAGGAUGAGGUCAUUGGAAGGUGUGCUAUUCCUUUGCAGUAUGUGGAUAGGAGGUUGGACCAUAGACCCGUGAACACGAGGUGGUUCAAUCUUGAGAAGCAUGUUAUUGUUGAGGGACAAAAGAAGGAAAUCAAGUUUGCUAGCCGGAUUCACGUGAGAGUGUGUUUGGAAGGAGGCUACCAUGUUCUUGACGAGUCAACACAUUACAGUAGUGAUCUUAGGCCAACUGCAAAACAGUUGUGGAAAUCUAGCAUCGGUGUUCUUGAAGUAGGUGUGUUAAGUGCUCAAGGCCUGUCACCAAUGAAAACAAAGGACGGGCGGGCAACGACAGAUGCCUAUUGUGUAGCUAAAUAUGGGCAGAAGUGGGUCCGGACAAGGACAAUUAUAGAUAGCUUUGCUCCCAAGUGGAACGAGCAAUACACUUGGGAAGUAUUUGAUCCUUGCACUGUUAUAACUAUCGGUGUGUUCGAUAAUUGCCAUCUACAAGGAGGAGAUAAAUCCGGAGGGGCACGGGACUCGAGGAUCGGAAAGGUCAGGAUCCGUCUUUCGACACUUGAAACUGAUCGUGUCUACACACAUUCUUAUCCCCUAUUGGUCUUGCAUCCUACCGGGGUGAAAAAGAUGGGUGAAAUUCACUUAGCUGUGAGAUUUACUUGCUCGUCAUUGGUGAAUAUGAUGCAUAUGUAUUCUCAGCCGUUGUUACCCAAAAUGCACUAUCUUCAUCCUUUAACGGUUAGCCAACUGGACAACUUGAGGCACCAAGCCACUCAAAUCGUCUCCAUAAGGCUGAGUCGUGCUGAGCCACCUUUGAGGAAAGAGAUAGUAGAGUAUAUGUUGGAUGUUGGUUCUCAUAUGUGGAGUAUGAGGAGAAGCAAGGCUAAUUUUUUUCGUAUUAUGGGUGUUUUAGGUGUGGUAAUUUCAGUCGGAAAAUGGUUCGAUCAAAUAUGCAAUUGGAAAAACCCUAUUACGACUGUUCUUAUACAUAUCCUUUUCUUGAUACUGGUUUUAUAUCCGGAGCUUAUUCUACCUACCAUUUUCCUCUAUCUCUUCCUAAUCGGAAUUUGGUACUAUAGAUGGAGGCCAAGGCAUCCUCCUCACAUGGAUACUCGUCUUUCUUGUGCUGAUGCUGCUCAUCCCGAUGAGUUAGAUGAGGAAUUUGAUACUUUUCCCACUUCACGUUCACCUGAUAUUAUUCGCAUGAGGUAUGACCGAUUAAGAAGUAUUGCUGGGAGGAUUCAGACUGUUGUUGGUGACUUGGCUACUCAAGGAGAGAGGCUGCAGUCUUUGCUGAGCUGGCGGGACCCUAGAGCGACAGCAUUGUUCGUGAUUUUCUGCUUGGUUGCUGCUGUUGUGCUCUAUGUUACUCCAUUCCAAGCUCUGGCACUCUUGAUCGGAUUUUAUACAUUAAGGCAUCCAAGGUUCCGAUCCAAGCUUCCAUCUGUGCCGCUUAAUUUCUUCAGAAGGUUACCUGCUAGAACAGAUUGCAUGCUGUGAGCCACCUUUGGCAACCAUUGUUUCUAUCCUACCUUAUGUUUUUUCCAUUGAAUCAACUAAAAUGAUGUAGAAAUUUGUGGGGCUGUUCUUUUCAAUAUUAGGUCCUACUAGUAAUUUGGAUAAGAUUCUGCUGAAACUGUCAGGUGUAGUGAGUUUGCUUUCUAUUUGUUCCAAGUUUUCCAAAAGUUGGCUGUUUGAUGCAAA